UGGCCACUGACAGUACAAUAGUAGCAAAUUGAGAAUUGCAGAAGAAAAUGGUGAAAAUUGAUCACAGAGGAACACUGAAAGUUUCAGAAAUGAUCCCGGCCAGGUACGUGUUCGCCGUGCUGGGCUCCAUCGGCUUCGCCAUCAUCUACGGCCUCAAGGUGAACCUGAGCGUGGCCAUCGUCGCCAUGGUGAACCACACGGCGCUGCAGCAGCACCACGGCGGCGAGCACGUCGACGAGGUGGCCGCCGAGUCCGUCUCCAAGGGGGCCGCCAGUGGGCCGGCAGAGCCCGCGGGUGGCGUCCAGGGCGGCCAGGACGGCCAGGACGGCCCGUUCGCCUGGAGCGAGACGACGCAGGGCUACAUCCUGGCGUCGUACUUCUGGGGCUACUUGCUGACGCAGAUCCCGGGCGGGCGCAUGGCCGAGCAGCUGAGCGCCAAGUGGGUGAUGCUCGCCGCCGUGCUCGUCAACGCCGUCUGCACGCUGCUCACCCCGGCCGCCGCGGAGCUGCACGCGGGGGCGCUGCUGGCCAUGCGCGUCGGCGAGGGCUUGGGCGCGGGACUGACCUUCCCCGCCAUGCACGUCAUGAUCUCCAGGUGGGCUCCCCCCGACGAGCGCAGCGUCCUGUCCUCCGUCAUCUACGCCGGCACGGCGCUGGGCACGGUGGUGUCCAUGCUGCUGGCCGGCGUGCUGGCCGCCACGCUGGGCUGGGCGUCCGUGUUCCACGUGAUGGGGGCCUUGUCGCUGGUGUGGUGCGUGCUGUGGCUGGGCCUGGUGGCCGACUCCCCCGCGCUGCAGCGGCCUGCACUCAUCACGCGCGCCGAGCGGGAGCUCAUCGAGCAGGCCCUGGGGAAGCACAAGCAAGUGCGUCGCGAAGGUCGCGAGGCUUCUCCUGUCCCGUGGCGAAAUGUUUGGAAAUCUGGGCCGUUCUGGGCCAUUCUGGUGUCUCAUGUUUGCAGUAAUUUUGGAUGGUAUAUGCUUCUGAUUGAGCUGCCAACUUACAUGAGGCAUAUUCUACACUUUAGCAUAAAGGAGAAUGCUGGUUUGUCUGCCCUGCCCUUCCUCUUGAUGUGGCUCUUCAGCAUGUUUCUUGGACGACUUUGGGAGUGGUGUCAGAAGCGGGGCUCAUUGUCCACUUCAUCUUCUAGAAAAAUAAGCACCUUAAUAGCUUCAUUAGUGCCAGCCCUGUGUCUUCUUGCUGUGUGUUUUGUGGGCUGUAACAAACCCAUAGUGGUGAUGCUGAUGUCAGUGUCGGUAAUGAGUGUUGGAGGCAUGUUUUCUGGAUUUUUAUCCAACCACAUAGAUAUUGCACCAAAUUUUGCAGGUACAUUGAUGGCCAUAACAAAUACCUUUGCAACCAUUCCUGGAUUUAUUGUACCUAUCUUUGUAGGACAAGUUACUCACGGAAAUCAAACGAUUGAUGCUUGGCGUACUAUAUUCCUCACAACAGUUGGCUUGUUCAUCUGUGAGGCAGUUGUGUAUGUUCUCCUGGGGUCAGGUGAUGAACAGGAAUGGAAUGAUCCUAAAAGGAAUGAAGAACCACUUCAAGAAGAAGAUGAAAUUGAAGCUGAUGUCACAAAAUAGCCAUGAUAAAAGGAUAAGUCAGUCAAAUGUUUUCUUU